AUGCCAUCACCACUAACCCUCGCGAUCAUAGGGACUGGUUUGGUUGGCAGCAAACUUAUAUCACAGAUUGCAUCAUUGUCCUCAUGGAACUCGAAAUUCAAAGUUGUAUACAUUGCCUCCUCGAGCCGAUCGAUCUUUGCGCCUCAAGGGAUUGACCUUUCCUCCUGGAAAGAGAGACUCCUGGCUGGUCCGGUCGUAGUUGUGGACAACACAUCUUCAGACGACGUUGCAUCACUAUAUCCUCACUUCCUCUCGCGGAAUUUCUCUGUCGUAACUCCCAAUAAGAAGGCGUACUCCUCAUCACUUGAGUUGUACAACCAGAUCCUUGCUGCCAGCGCAAAGACUGGUGCAAAAAUAUUCAAUGAAUCGACUGUGGGAGCCGGUCUCCCAAUUAUCUCAACUCUCAAGGACCUAGUUCAAACUGGUGAUAAAGUUACCAAAAUUGAAGGCGUCCUCUCCGGUACCCUUUCCUACCUCUUCAAUGAAUACUCCCCGGCCACCUCUUUGUCUCCACCUAAAUCGUUCUCCUCUGUUGUCAGAAUUGCCAAAGAGCAAGGAUAUACCGAGCCUCACCCUGCAGACGACCUCUCUGGCUUCGACGUCGCUCGCAAACUCACCAUUCUCUCCCGUCUCAUCCCUGAGCUCACGAACGCUCUGCCAAAAGGCUAUGAGAGCGUUUCAAUCACGAGUCUCAUACCUGAUGCCCUGAAGAGUACAGUGUGGAGCAUCAGCGGAGAUGAAUUUAUUAAAAAGCUUCGGGAUUUCGAUGGUGAGUUCGAAGAGCUGAGGACAAAAGCAGCCGAGAAGGGAGAGGUAUUACGGUACGUGGGCGUUAUUGACGUCAGGGAAAAGACCAUCAAGGCUGCUCUCGAGCCGUAUCCGGCAACCCAUCCAUUUGCAACCUCAUUGUCAGGGUCCGAUAACAUCAUUGCUUUCCACACUGAGCGGUAUGGACCUCGUCCCCUCAUCGUUCAGGGCGCUGGUGCUGGUGCGGAUGUAACAGCGAUGGGAGUGUUGGCUGAUUUAUUCAAGAUAUAG